CUGCUGUGAUCCAUUACCUUUAUAAUCCUUUGUUUUUCGUCUCACAGGAAAACAAAACCCCGAAGCAGUGCUUGAGGGAAGGACACUGUAGAAGUUUGCAAAUGACGUUUUUUGCAUGCAAAAGAUCGAUGUUGGAUACCAGGGCAAGAUUCAGAGGAAGGAAAGGAUACUGA